AUGGACAAAAGUUGUCGAAUUUGUCGUGGGGAUGGAACCGAAGCACAACCACUACUACAUCCUUGCAAAUGCCGAGGUUCCAUAAAGUACAUCCAUCAAGACUGUUUAUUGGAAUGGUUAAAGCAUUCGAAUAAAUCUACAAAGCAGUGUGAUAUAUGCCACACUCCGUACAAAUUCAGAACAAUAUAUGAUCCGCAGAUGCCAGAAAGAAUGCCUAUAAAAUUAGUAUGGGAGAAGCUAGCAGAAACCUAUUUAGCGAUGAUCAUUAAGAGUCUAUCAAUCUUUCUUUAUGUGACUUGCCUUUUAAUUCAAGUACCUAUAUUUUGGAAGUUUGCUGGUAGAAUCUACACAUGGGCCAUAGAUGGUACUUUGCCCGCAGUAAAUCCAACGCUUAAAGAUGCCUUGAUGUUUGGAGGACUAAAUAUGCAAGAAUACGAAACCACGGGCCCAACCAUGUUACUUCUCUUGAAAACGAGAAUGUUCUUUGAUUACACUUACUUCAGUGGGGUUAGAUAUAUGCUAACUUACGUGGUUAUUCAUAUUGCAUUGUUUGUCGAGCAUGAAUGGGUUGUCAGAGAUGAAGGUUAUACUAAACUUUUAUUGAAGAGGAUUGGGAAGCAACCAAGAACUAAAUUAGUUGAUAUGUUACAACAAGCAUUAUCAGGGUUGAGACAAGAUGGUGCAGAUGGUAACAGGGAUGCGAAUGCAAACAUUCAACAUUUGGAAAUGAUUGCGAGGGCAAUUAACGAUCUUCAAGAACACCCAACUAAUAAUUAUCAUGAGGAAGCUUUGAGAAGAGCUAUUGAAGGGGGAGUCAAUGAUUUAUCUGCAACUAAUGAUCAAGCCGGUAAUAGUUUGCUAGCAAAUGAAAGCAGAGAUUUUGAUAGCGAUGCUUCUGAAACAGAGGCAGAUAAUGAAGGAACAACUAUAUUUCUUCCAUCUGAGACAUCAGUUGGAGAUACGAACAAUGGUAGAGGUUUAGUUGAAGAUGAAGAGGAGGAGAACGAAGAAAGAGGCAAUGAGCACCUUGAUGAUGAAUUGCUUCAACCUCCUCCUCUAAAUCCAAUGCCAUUUCCUGAUAUAGAUCAAGGUGAGAACAACUUGUUUAACGGAGAUUUUGUUCAAGAAGAGCCAGAUGAUAUUGAUGCUGGUGCAGCUGCCAAUAAUGCUGGUAAUGGGAAUCUUUUUGAGCUCUUAGGUAUGAGCUUGAACUUGAGUACCCCUUUUAUACUUAUGGCGAUGUGCGACACAAUUAUAGCCAUAUAUUUGUUUCUAACUUACUUGAUACCUCACAUGUUGGGGAAUUUGUUCGUGAGUAUCAUUAGAGAACUAAUCAAGUUUGUUUUUGCGCCGAUUUUAAGCGAGGUUUCUUCUCUCCUUAGCAUUAGGUAUGACAUUUUAGGGUUUAUAUCUAAAUUCGGUAUACUUCAGAGAUACAGAACAACUAUUGGGGAAAUUUUUUCACUGUCGGUGGCAACUACUUUGGGCCAGCCUUUAUUGAAAACGUUUUAUAAUUUGUUCAUUGAUCACAAUGGCUCUCCUCCAACUUUAGUAGAAAGGACAAUACUUUUGUCCUUUGGAUACAGCAUUAUAUUAUUUGGAGUAUUAAAAUUCAUGGAUACUUUGGUGUCAACAACAGGGCCGACCACUGGAACUCCAAGAAAAAUAUAUAAAGUUUUGUUUGAAGCUGUUUCAACUGCUAAAGUGUUCCUCAUUUUUGCAAUUGAAAUUUUUUUCUUUCCAGUUUAUUGUGGCUGGUUGUUGGAUUUUUGCAUGGCUCCUUUACUUAUUUCGAAGUUCUUUGAGAAAGUUAAUGAUAAUGACACUUACAAAAUAAUGAUGUUUGUCUCCUCACAGGCUGAAACAUUACAGGUAACUUAUAUUCGAAUUAUAGUUUACUGGGCAUCAGGUACCCUUUACAUGCUAUUUUUUGCCUUGUUUGUUGGUAUGGUAAGAGGAAAGAUUUUGAGACCAGGAGUGUUAUUUUUUAUCAGGUCUCCGGAUGAUCCAAAUGCUAGACUUAUUCAUGAUGCCUUGGUAAAACCUUUGUCACUACAAUUGAGCCGUAUAUACUUGAGUGCGAAGGUUUACACCGCUUUUAUUUUGAUUGGGAUUGGUGGUAUUACAUGGGGCUUGAGAUAUUUGGUCACCCCUCCGAAGGGAAUUCCUUACAAUAUUUUGCUUCCCUUCAAUCAUCCCUCGAUAUUUGCAUACUCCCUUGCUUCUUUGGUUGGAGGUAGAAUAUUGAUGAGCAAAGCUCUCAUCACCAAGUACAGCUUGUAUUUUUGGAGAAGAGUCUUCGAAUUGUCGUCUCACAAGUUACGUUUGUCACAUUUCAUUUUGGAUAAGCAGAUCCCUCUGGAGCGUGGAUAUGUCGUUUACAGAAAUAUCUUACAAAUGGUUUUUGGUACAAGUGAACCUGAUUAUUCGAACCCAGUCACUUAUAGGGAGUCUCAAAAAAUCUUCAAGGAAAAUCCAGAUGUCAAUGCAUGCUUCGUGCCAAAUGGUACGUAUGUAAGGGUUCCUGACAAUGACACUGUAUCCAGAAGAUUUAUUAAAAAAUUGUUUGUGCCAGUAACCAGAGAUGAUAAGCUCUUAUCUCCGAAGGAUGAGACUAACACUAACAAUAUUGGGGAGGAGCAUGAUUCGGAUUCUUCAGAUAAUGAUGUUAGUAAUGAUGAUGCCUAUACUAUUGUCUAUCGGGCGCCUAAUUUCAAACUUCGAUGUUUGGCCUUGAUAGUCAUGUUAUGGAUCUUCGCAGCUCUUUUGAUUUUGAUUAUGGGUCUAGUGGCACUUGUUAUGGGUCGACCAAUUGUCAGAGCUGGAGCAAUCUUGUAUGAUAUUGUUUCGCUGUCAGAGCACUUCAAAUUACCUGACAUAUUUGAUACAACAAGAUCAACUUUUGAUUGGAGGCUCGCAGACUUAAGCUCCAUAUCAUUGGGCUUGAUGGUCGAACUAACCUUGCUUAAGUUGUUAGAUAAAAUGGUUUUUGCACCUGCUUCUAACAAUGGUGGUAAUGAAGUUCCUGGUGCUGCAAACCAACAAGGUAUUUUUGAUGAUGCUAGGGAAUGGCUUCCUGUAGUGGGAGAUGGGGUUUUAACAUCAGUAUUUGCAUACUGCUUAUCGACAUUUUUAUGGAUAGUCUGGAUAUUUUUGGUUCAUAAGCUCUGCAUUGACUUUCCUGCUAGGCUUUACACUGGGAAUACAUUUGAACGUGAAAGUAAUAUUUUUUCAGAUUUUUUAAUUACGGGAAGGACGGUUCCAAUUCAUUUGGUUGUUUCUAUCUGGACCAUGGUUCCAUAUUUGAAUUAUCUCAUAGCUGCUCUAAAGUAUGCUUUUGUUGAAGGAGCAGAAGGUGUAGAAAAUAGGAAUCAUUUGAUAAAGAGUGAUCUUAUAUCAGUUGCCCUUGACUUUUCGUUAAUUAUCGUUCCAUCAUUGGUCCUCAUGGCUUUGAACCAUAAAAGCUUUGUGAUUGAACAUGUAAACGAAGGUGAUAUUUACAUCUGGUUCAUCUCGCUAUUGAUUUUUGCAUGUAUAAAAUCAAUUAAGGGUGUCUUCAAGCUAUUCAGAAACAUGAGCGAGAAGGUCAAGGUUGAAAGAUACGUAAGGGGAAGAGCUGUGGAGAAUAUUGACAUACAAUAUGAUAAUAAUGAUGAUGACGAUGACUAA